CUUCCCCUCGGGCCUCCUCACGGGAACGCUGUGGAGCCACACAGCUACAGCAGUGCACAAGCAAAAGGUGGAGCAGGAUUUGCGUCUGCGGAGCCGACUGAAGGAGGAGGCUGCAGCCGUCAUGGGCUCCAUCUUGGAGCGCUGGAAAGGUUUGGCUGGCUACAGCCGCAUGGACAGUAUGGCCGCUUACCUCACAAUUGCACGCCAGUGGUCAGGCUUUGGAUGCACUCUGUAUGAAGUGGAUUUUUAUAUUAGUUCAACAGGGAAUUUUUCCCAAAAGCUGUGGCUGGGUGUAGCUGCAACAUCCGUGUCUCUGUAUCGGCAGGGAGAAGCAGAAGCCCUGGAGUCUUUUCCUUAUGGCCAGAUCUGCUCCUAUGGCGUAUCUGACAGCAACACAUUCAAGAUCACAGCGGGGGAUCGUGAUCUGCUGUUUGAGACAACCAAGCUGACUGAGAUCAUGCAGCUGAUGAAUGCGUAUUUCAGUGCCAUCCGUCACCAGCGAGGGAAAGGGGAAGAUGCAGACAUCACCAUCUCAGAAAGCACAGAGGUGGGUUUUCAUCACUUGACCUCGAUGCCAGCGCCCACCCUCCUGGAGCUACCUUCACACCCCGUUUGAGACGCACCAUAUACCCAGACACCCUUCCAAAAAACCCCCCCCUGUUGCCCACCUACAUACACGUGGCCCCUGAGGCACCGCCCCAGUCCUCAGGCCCCCACACCUCCUCCGCUGGGAACAGCACGGCAGCCAAAACAAAGAGAGGGCUGUUUUCGCUCCCCAUCCAUGAAAAUAAACCCUUGCUGAGCUUUCCAGCUGAAGGAGUGAUAGAGGAGGGAGGGGAGGCGAGGGGACGGGACGGGAAGGCGAGGCAAGGGGUUCUGUUUUGCAAGUGAGGCCAGAAACCCACAGAAACCAAUGCGGCUGCUGAUGAGGUGUCACACACCCACCCGCCCUCUAUCCUGUCACGCAGCCACCGCUGUUGCCCUACAUGGCGACCACCUCACCCCCGGCUCACCCAACAAUGUGAGACGUUGGUGUGAUCUGAGGGAGACAGUUACGGCACCGAUUAACUGUGGUACUCCCCUUAUGAAGGUAUGACUUAAAGUGAAAACACUACAUUGCCUCUUUUUUUUUCCCUCACCCUGUAAGUGUGCCGUAUUUAUGUUGCCUUUCCUAGAAGGCAGACUUCUGUCAUGAACACAUACAUACACAUUCACUUACUCUCUCACACACCCCUAUGUUCAUCAGAGACUGUGAGUUUUCAUAAGGUCCCGGCCAGGCUUGCAUUACCUGGAACUGUUGAUGCAGUAAGCCAUGUGAUCUUGGAAAUGGAAACAGAUGUUGAACUCUGUAGCUAAGUCACUUUGGCUGCCAUGGCCAUAUAGACUCUUACCUAUGGGAAAAUCAGCUGUGUGGAUCUUUUUUUUUUUUUUUUUUUUGGAUCAAGAAAUCCCUUUCUUGGAUGAGGCAUUCAGGAUCUGGAUUAAUUAUUUCACAAAAACCAAAGGAUGUUGGAGCUGUUUCUACAUUGUUCAUACCAAAUGCUCUGAUUUGUCCUUUGUCAUGCUGCUUGUCUUGGUUAACACUUGACUCAUUGGAUAAAUGUGCUUAUGUCAGCUACCAUCCUAAUGCAGCUCUACUCUGCUGAAAAUAACAGGUGCUUCUCUGUUUAUUAUUGUUAUUUUCACCGUGUAUAUAUUCUGUAGAGUACAAAUGAAACCCCACGUGGAUCAUUUAAUUGGUGACACCAUGUUUCCCAUGCAGUUUCCUAUCUGCCCCUCUGCUAUUUAAACUUUUCUAAUCAGCCCAUGGAUGCUUUUUAGUAUUAUUUAUGCAGACUUGCUUUGUUUGUUUUUUUUUACUGUCCUCAUGUCUUAAAUGCAGAUUGCAUACAUUUUGAUAUUAGGUUUCAUUUAACUGAUCAGAGCCAUAUAUGCCUUUGGUUCAGUUCAGAUGUGUAAAUCCUGUGUAGCUCCGUCUUUGUGUUCACUGGUUGAGUAUUGUUGAAGCCAAAGUUUUGCAAGUCCCAGGUUUGAGAAUGGACCAAAGAUGUUUUUUUUUUUUUUUUUGUAAUAAGCUUUUAUAAGAAUUUAUCCCAAAGCAGACAGACUCCCCAAUGUAUGUGACUUUUCAGUUUUCAUCAUUUAUUCAAUAUCACACCAAUAGUUGUAUCCUUCACACACCCUAUUUUAUUGUAGAUGACUGUGUAGGAAUUCAAGACCAUAAAUAGCCAUGUUAAGUGAAUUUUACAGUUCUGUCUGCUAGAAAAACCCCUACAAUAGCCAGCCUCAAAACUCCAGACUUAAAUCCUCUCACCGUGGAAGGCCUUGACGUCAUUGCACAGUCAGCCCUAUCUCCUGCACAGAAGCAGGCCCUUUUGCUUUUUCUACUGCAGCUGCAGGCAGCUCCAAGCUACAUAUAUGAAAAGAAAAAAAAAAAGUCAAACUGCGGAUGUUGCUUUGUAUUAAGCUUGUUUGUAUGCUGCAUGGUACCUUUUUAUGUAAUGUGUGUAUAGUUCAUUGCACUAUUGUUUGUUUUAACUAACUUGGAAGUGCAAUAAAAACUAUAAAUACUGUAUGUAAUUAAUAAAAACAGCACCAUUUUAACAUA